AUGAAGUUUCCCGAUCAGAAUUCACAUGAAGAUGCAUUCAAACAUCUCACUGGCAUUCAACCCAUCAACUCUCCAAACUACACACUCAUCUCCAAAGAGCUUGUCGCCGCUACCAUCAUAAUGGACGAACCGAUUGUGACAAUGAUCGACCCCGAAGCCGGGGGAUCUUUGCUAGAUACACUCUCCGAACUUCCCAUACUUAGUGUGAUCACCUUCGUUCUCAGUGUCAGCACUUUUUACAAAGCAUGCUAUUCAAUCAAUGACAAAGAGAGAAGAUCCGUUCGCAUCGGCAUCUUCAUCGGAUUCGGUGGGCUAAUCCUAAUUGCAGCCCUUGCAUUCUUCAAUCAUGGACCCGACGUGAUCGAACUCGACAUCCACGACCUACCAACCCUCGGCCUUCUAGUACUCUUCUUGGUUCUCUUCUGGUUCCUUCUGGGUGCUUUCCUGUUCGGUACCCAGGAUAGCCAGAAAAGCCUCGUUAGUGAAGUGGAAAUCUCCCGCCAGCGCGGUUCGGACCCGGAUAGUGCCGUGGGCAAAUUGAGUGAGCAGCUCCGCACAGAGGUUGAGAUUGAAUUUUUGGAAAAUCUGUUGGAGGUCCGAAAGGCGAAGCUUGCGAGGGAUACUUGA